UGAAUGCGCUUAACUAAAUGGGAGGAGAGUUAUCCCUCCCUAAGUCAUAACUGAGCCAAUUGACAGCUACCGAUGCCACUCAAUAGCCGCCUAUCCAUUAGUUGCAUACAAAAGAAGAUAAUCAGAGAAUCACUGAUUGAUAAGCUUAGGCUUGAGUUUAAGCGCUUAGGGAUAUAUUUCAAUUGAACUGUUGAUACCGUGAUGUGACACUUCUUAAUCCAUAUUUGUUUAACACUUCAAACAAUUUAAAAAUGGAUUUAAGUUUUGCUUCGUCUUCGGCACCCUUUCCUCAUUACGAUCACCAGUCAACUCAUCGACUCCAUGCUUACCGUACCAGAUAUGACACAACACCAACAAUGUCUAUGUAUGAACAAUCAGGUAGUUAUUAUUCAAAACAAAACUGGAUGACUGCCGGAUACUCGACACCACCUAUUAGUCCGAUAAAGACAUUCAAUUCUUAUACAACAGAAAACAAAUGCGAUAAUUAUUAUCAAACAGAAGAGUUGCCGAAAAUAGAGCCCUUAGAAGACUUGAAUAACAAUAACUUGACGGUCACUAACAGUGACGGAAGUGUCACUAAAUAUAUAACAGACAGAACUACAGGAGUGGUCAGAGUUGUCAAGAGAAGAGUGACGGCAAACAAGAAAGAGAGGCGACGGACGCAAUCAAUUAACAGUGCGUUCGCCAGUCUUAGAGAUUGUAUACCUAAUGUUCCCGCGGACACCAAACUGUCCAAAAUUAAGACUUUACGGUUAGCCACCAGUUAUAUCACUUGGUUGACUGCCAUUCUUGACGGACCAAAUGAUACACGACUUAAACUCAUGAAAGAGGGCUUUCGUGCUGACCUACCGUCGACUCAUAAGAGAAACAAUAGAGACAACUAUAAGGAUCUGAUAAAAAUAGGCACUUCUAUGCCAUGCAAUUCACCAAAUACUAUACAAUACAAGAGUAACGGAAAGGCCAAAUGUAAAGUAAGGACGGGAUGGCCUCAAGCCGUUUGGGUCGAACAGCUCGAACUCAAACAACAUGACAACCAAUAAUACAAACCAAUCAUUUGAUUCAUUAUUAUCACAUAAUUGUAUUACAAACACAUUAUCAAAUGAUAUACACUUUUAAUUAA